UUUCACCUGUCAACUGUAUCUAUUUAAAUUUAUAAACAACCACUCGUUGAACUUUCGAGAGAAACGGCUUCGCGAACAUUCUGUACACCAGUGGAAUAAAGAAAAAAGUUUUUUCAACAGUAAAUUGGAACGGGCACUUUACUUUUAUUCAUAAUUAAAUUCUCUGACCUGAAGCACGCUUGAGUCUGACGACAAAAACCACACUUCAAUAAAACCGAUCGAGUGCAUACAUUCACGAAAUAAGCAAGGAAUUAUGUGACGAGAGUGCGCAAUGCUAGUACCCGCGAAAUGCUCAAUGCCCUAUACACUAUAGGCUGUAGCAUUGUUAUUGAGUAUCUCAGACGAAAAGUUUCGUUUAAAAUAGUUUGAGCAAUUCAAACUAUCCUUGAUAAAUGCAGAUGGCAUGGUAAGCCACACUGACACAGGACGUUUUAAUGGUUAUGACCUCCCACUUCAAGUUUAACGUCAAUGCCAUCAUUAAUUAUUUGCAUAUGUCUGACAUUGUCGUAUUUCAUCGCAGUACAAAUUGGGGUCUCUUGAAGUACAAAAGCACUUAUCACACCCGAUCACCCGCAGAACAUAACCAGAAGCGAAGAAUUAGCUCAUCGCGGAAGAUUGAUCGUACUCGAAAGGGAAAUCAUUGGAGCACUUUAAACCUCCACCGGGUGGUGUGUCCCUGCUGAAUGAAACGAUAAACAAUUAACGGGAGUUGAAUUCGUUCCAAAUCUACGAGAAGCCUUUUGCAGUCCGGAAAGUAACUCAAGAUCGUAAGCUAUAGCUUGCAACAAUGAACAAUACAAGCAAGUCUUCGUCAUCUGAAGAGCCUUCAGGUCAACACCAGGCUGACGAAAUAUUAACGCAGCUGGUUCCCAUCGCUGUUUUAAUCGUGAUAACGAAUGGACUUGUAUUUCUCCUGUUUGGCAAACUGAGGAGUUUGCGAACACCGGCAAACUAUCUCUUGUUGAGCCUGGCGAUGAGCGACGUAAUGACAGGCUUGAUAAAUAUCCCGCUAUUCUGUGUGCUUUCGACUUUGGACGAUCAAACACUGGAUAAAAUGAAUAGCGUUUAUUGUGCCUCGGAGGUCUUUCAUAACGUGAUCUCCUGUUCAGUCGCUUAUCACAUCACUGCUAUUACUGUGGAGAAAUACCUGGCGGUGGUUAACCCUUUUGGGCGUUUCUUGAUGACCAAGAAAACAGUAGUCAAGAUUUUAUCUACCGUUUGGCUCUGGUCCGCUUUCUUGGGGGCAAUACCCGCCUCUUGGUGGUCGGCGUGGUGGAAUGGUGAACGUCGCGCUCUUUACUUGCAAACUGGAAACAACAUAUUCAGCCUGGUAGUUGUGUUCGUAAUUCCCUAUAUGUUUAUCCUGUAUGCCUACUUUAUUAUGUUCAAGGCUGUAUCUUGCAAAAAUCGCUUCAAAAAAUCGCUCGAUCGAAAGGAUCCCCGCGCUUUCAAGAGGGCCAGCAAUGAAAAGAAAUGCUUGAUAAUUCUACUAACUAUGGCGAUUGCUUUUGCCAUUUGUUGGAUUCCUUGGUUUACACUGAGGUUAAUUUUCUCGCUGGCCUAUAUUGGAUGGAUAGAUGGUGAAGAAUUGGCUUAUAUGGAACACGCAUCUCACGCAUUUAUCAUCAUCAGGUAUCUUAGCUCUGCAAUCAACCCUCUGUUGUACACGUUCUUUAAACAAGACUUUUGGAACGCUUUUAAAGUUGUAGUGCUGAAAAAGAAACCAAGGAGGCCUUCGGUGACCUUGUCAAUGAGACAAACAGUAAGACUUCGUGGUAGUGACCAACUGGUUGAUCUUCUGGCACCGGAAAACAAUGUCAAAACAGACCCAACAAGCGUCUAAUGAAUAUAACGGGACAUGAUCACUUCAUCAACGCCGCAUGGAAAAACUAAUUAACAGACGUUUGGAAGUGAAAUGUGAUAUAUGAUUAUCGCGACCCUGUUAGCCAUAAACUGAACGAGUGAGUUCUGUAUAUCACAAUGUAAAAAAAUCAAAGGAUGAACUGCAGAUCUGGAGAACUAAUUAGCCAGACCCAACCUUAUGGGUUUGCCAUUAUCUCGGCGGCUAUAAACAAUAAUUUACUUUAGAUACAUGAUCACCGCGGUGAUGUUUGACUGAUUCGUUGGUUGUAAAAAACUGCCGCCUUGGAAAAAGAAGGAACAUCAAACCCGUUUUGCUUUUUUCCGUUUAUCCUAAAAACAUAAUUUGGUAAACAACUCGUUGUAUGUUUGUAUUAUAUUAAUUGCGUGCUGCCCAACAAAUUAAAUCGAAAGAAUUACUGGAAGGUCGUUUUCCCCGUCCCCUUCCCCAUACUUGGAUAACAGUUAGCUGACUAGUGGCAAAGUGACUCGACUCAAUUCGUAGAAAAAGAGAUCUGUUAAGUAAUUCCACUGUAAAACAUUACGAUAAAAAUGAAAAACUUAAAACCAUUUUGGUUUAAUAAUUAAUGACGACGUUUGCUUAACGUCAUUGUAAAGUCAAACUGAAUAAAAUGGUUCGUUUAUAAACAUGACUUAAGAAUUCCCAUGAGACACGACCAAAAAUUCGAUAACCUAUUUAUGACCGUUGCGGCUGGCACAGUUGCCCUAAAAAUAAUUUAUGAAG